UUUUCAAGCAGAAGGGACAAUUGAUGCCAAGUUUGACUAUGGUUACUUUGUGUCCAUCAAAAUGGGAUUUGAAGUUCUCAAUGGAGUACUUUACUAUCCACACCAACAAGCUCAAUCAUCUUCUUCCAAGUUAGUUGCACAAAGUUGCAAAGCGAUUGUGCCUUACAAUCCACCACCUCAUCCCCACUCAGGACGGAGGAGCAGGAGGAGGAGGAACGGAGAUCCUAAUCGCCCAAAACCUAAUAGGAGUGGAUACAACUUCUUCUUUGCUGAAAAACAUUCCAUGCUCAAAUCUCUUCAUCCACAUAGAGAGAGGGAAUUCACAAAGAUGAUUGGAGAAUCUUGGAACAAUCUAUCUCCUGAAGAAAAAAUGGUUUAUCAAAACAAUGGGGUGAAGGACAAGGAAAGGUACCAGAAGGAAUUGAAGGAGUACAAAGAAAGAAUGAUGACCACAUCAACUUGCUACUAAAGGUGACUGACUGGGAGAAGAAGAAGAGCAGGAUGUAUAGCUCAUUUAGCAUGAGAUGAACAACUAAAUGUUUCAUUGUAAUGUAGUUCCAAAAUUGCAACUCUUUCUAUGGAUCUAAACAUUAUUAUAGCUUAUGUAAGAUCGUCCAAAACUAUUUCCUAAGGAAUCAAAACAUUUGUUUUCCUA